CUGUGCUGUUAAAUGAGUCUCUCUGGGGAUAGAGAGGAGGGGGGCCCUGCCUCUAAAAUGAGUCUCUCUGGGAAGAGAGAGGAGGGGGGCCCUGCCUCUAAAAUGAGUCUCUCUGGGGGACAUGACACCAAAGCUAAGAGCCCAAUCAAGCUCGAGAGACCAGCCUCCCCUGUUCCCAGCUGUGUGUCCAUGAAGAGUGACCAGUCUAUGGAACUACCUAUACUGUUUAGAGAGGGAGACUUUUCUACUGAACAAAGAAACCAACAGGAGAGAUCAGAGUCAGAGAUUCUCAGUGGUCAGUCUUCCCAGAGUCAUCAAACAGACCUGGCCUCCAUAUUCAGUAUGCUUGAAGAGAAAAUUAUGACAUUUGUGAAGAACGAGCUGAAGAUGUUCAAGAGGAUUCUUAGUCCAGAACUCCCAGAAGGCUUUGAGAGUCAGAAGCAGGAUAAGGAAGUGGUGGAUGCUGAAGAUGAGAAGCAGGAGAGCAGUGCCAGAGAGGGGGCUCUGAAGAUCACACUGCACGUCCUGAGGAAAAUGAACCAGAAGGAGCUUGCUGACACACUGGAGAAAUGUAAGAUCUAUGAGCUUGCUGUGAUUUGCCAACGUGAACUCAAAUCUAAUCUAAAGAAGAAGUUUCAAUGUGUAUUUGAGGGGAUCGCUAAACAAGGAAACCCAACACUUCUCAAUAAGAUCUACACAGAGCUCUACAUCACAGAGGGUGGAACAGGAGAGGUCAAUAAUGAACAUGAGCUUAGACAGAUUGAGACAACAACCAGGAAACAAGCAAGACCAGAGACUGCAAUCAAAUGUAACGACAUCUUCAAACCCUUAACUGGACAAGACAAACCUAUCAGAACUGUGCUGACAAAGGGAGUCGCUGGCAUUGGAAAAACAGUCUCUGUGCAGAAGUUCAUUCUGGAUUGGGCUGAAGGAAAAGCAAAUCAGGAUGUCCAAUUUGUAUUUUCCUUCCCUUUUCGGGAGCUGAAUUUGAUGAAAGGGGAAAAACACACUUUCAUUAAACUUCUCAAUCACUUCUCAAUGGAAACCAAACAAUCAGGAAUCUCCAUCUCCAACAAGUACAAAGUUCUGUUCAUCUUUGAUGGUCUGGAUGAGUGCCGACUGCCCCUAGACUUCCAGAAUAACAAGAUCUGCUGUGACGUCACAGAGUCAACCUCAGUGGAUGUUCUGCUGACAAAUCUCAUCAAGGGAAAUCUGCUUCCCUCUGCUCUCCUCUGGAUAACUACCCGACCUGCAGCAGCCAAUAAGAUCCCUUCAGGGUGUGUUGACCAGGUGACAGAGGUACGAGGGUUCAAUGACCCACAGAAGGAGGAGUACUUCAGGAAGAGAUUCAGUGAUGAGGACCUGGCCAGCAGAAUCAUCUCACACAUAAAGACAUCAAGGAGCCUCCACAUCAUGUGUCACAUUCCAGUCUUCUGUUGGAUUUCUGCAACAGUCCUUGAACAUAUGCUGGAACAGAAGAGAGAAGAGAUGCCCAAGACUCUGACUGAGAUGUACACACACCUUGUGGUGUUUCAUACCAAACAGAAGAAUGAAAAGUAUCUUGGGAAAGAAGAGACAGAUCCACACCGGAAUAAAGAGAGCAUUCUGUCACUGGGAAAACUGGCUUUUCAACAGCUUGUGAAGGGCAAUCUGAUUUUCUAUGAAGGAGACCUGAAAGAGGCUUGCAUUGAUGUCAAUGAAGCCUCAGUGUACUCAGGAUUGUGCACACAGCUCUUUAAAGAGGAAUGUGGGCUGUACCAGGACAAGGUGUACUGCUUUGUUCAUCUGAGCAUUCAGGAGUUUCUGGCUGCUGUAUAUGUGUUCCUCUCAUUCAUCAACAACAAUGAGAAUCUAAUGGAUGAUCCUCAAUCAAUGUUCAGCCACUUUACUGCGCUGUUCAGAGACAAGCCUAAAGUUACUGUCUACAAGAGUGCUGUGGAUAAAGCCUUACAAAGUGAGACGGGAAACCUGGACCUUUUCCUCCGCUUCCUUCUGGGCCUCUCACUGGAGUCCAAUCAGAAGCACUUACGAGGUCUACUGACAAAGACAAGAAGCAGCUCAAAGACCCACGAAGAAACAGUCAAGUACAUCAAGGAGAAGAUCAGGGAGAAUCCCUCUCCAGAGAGGAGCAUCAAUCUGUUCCACUGUCUGAAUGAACUGAAUGACCAUUCUCUAGUGCAGGAGAUCCAAAGAUACCUGAGAUCAGGAAGUCUCUCAGAACCCUACCUGUCACCUGCACAGUGGUCAGCUCUGGUCUUUGUGUUGCUGACUUCAGAAAAGGAGCUGGAUGUGUUUGACCUGAAGAAAUACUCCAGAUCAGAGGAAGGUCUUCUGAGGCUGCUGCCAGUGGUCAACGCCUCCAGAGCUGUUCUGCUGUCAGGCUGUGGAGUCACAGAGGAAGGCUGUGCUUCUCUGGUCUCAGCUCUGAGGUCAAACCCCUCACACCUGAGAGAGCUGGAUCUGAGUAACAAUGACCUGAAGGAUUCAGGAGUGAAGCUGCUCUCUGCUGGACUGGGGAAUCCCCACUGUAAACUGGAGACUCUGAGGAUGUCAGGCUGUCUAGUCACAGAGGAAGGCUGUGCUUCUCUGGUCUCAGCUCUGAGGUCAAACCCCUCACAGCUGAGAGAGCUGGACCUGAGCUACAAUCACCCAGGAGACUCAGGAGUCAGACUGCUCUCUGCUGGACUUGAGGAUCCACACUGCAGACUGGAGAAACUCAAGCUGUCAGGCUGUGGAGUCACAGAGGAAGGCUGUGCUUCUCUGGUCUCAGCUCUGGAGUCAAACCCCUCACACCUGAGAGAGCUGGACCUGAGUAACAAUGACCUGAAGGAUUCAGGAGUGAAGCUGCUCUCUGCUGGACUGGGGAAUCCCCGCUGUAAACUGGAGACUCUGAGGCUGUCAGGCUGUCUAGUCACAGAGGAAGGCUGUGCUUCUCUGGUCUCAGCUCUGAGGUCAAACCCCUCACACCUGAGAGAGCUGGACCUGAGCUACAAUCACCCAGGAGACUCAGGAGUCAGACUGCUCUCUGCUGGACUGGAGGAUCCACACUGCAGACUGGAGAAACUCAAGCUGUCAGGCUGUGGAGUCACAGAGGAAGGCUGUGCUUCUCUGGUCUCAGCUCUGAAGUCAAACCCCUCACACCUGAGAGAGCUGGAUCUGAGUAACAAUGACCUGAAGGAUUCAGGAGUGAAGCUGCUCUCUGCUGGACUGGGGAAUCCCCACUGUAAACUGGAGACUCUGAGGCUGUCAGGCUGUCUAGUCACAGGGGAAGGCUGUGCUUCUCUGGUCUCAGCUCUGUGGUCAAACACCUCACACCUGAGAGAGCUGGACCUGAGCUACAAUCACCCAGGAGACUCAGGAGUCAGACUGCUCUCUGCUGGACUGGAGGAUCCACACUGCAGACUGGAGAAACUCAAUGUGGAACAUGGUGGAGAGAACAGAAUGAAACCUGGGCUUAGAAAAUAUGUCUGUGAUCUCACACUGGACCUAAACACAGUAAACAGACUCCUCUCUCUGUCUGAGGAGAACAGAAAGGUGACAUGUAGGAGAGAGGAGCAGCCGUAUCCUGAUCACCCAGAGAGAUUUGAGUACUAUAGACAGGUGCUGUGUAGAGAGGGUCUGACUGGGCGCUGUUACUGGGAGGUAGAGUGGAGUGGGAGACAGGCUCUUAUAGGAGUGACAUAUAAAGGAAUCAGCAGGAGAGGAGGGGGUGAUGACUGUUGUCUUGGAUACAAUGACAAGUCCUGGAAUCUGUUCUGCUCUGACAACAGUUACGCUGCCUGUCACAAUAAUAAACCCACUACCAUAGACGUCCCCUCCUCCGGCUCCCACAGAGUAGGAGUGUAUCUGGACUGGCCAGCCGGCACUCUGUCCUUCUAUAGAGCCUCCUCUGACACACUGACCCACCUGAUCACAUUCACCUCCACAUUCACUGAGCCCCUCUAUCCAGGGUUUAGGGUUGAUGAUGUUGACUCAGUGUCCCUGGAAAUAAUAACCUGACACACACACACACAUUGACACACACACUGGACACUCACAGACACACAUUGGACACACACACACACACACACACACACACACACACACACACACACACAGUCUUGUACGGCUAACCUUGUGGGGACAUACAAUUCAGUCCCAUUCAAAAUCCUAUUUUCCCUAACCCCUAACCCUAAUCCUAACCCGUACUCUUACCCUAACCCAAAAACCUCAACUUUAUCCUAACCCUAACCCUACAACUAACCCUAGCUCCUAACCUUAAUAUUUAACUUAAUUCUAACCCUAACACUAAUUCUAACCCUAAACCCCCUAGAAAUAGCAUUUGACCUUGUGGGGACUAACAAAAUGUCCCCAGCUGUUUACUUUGUUUACUAUUCUUGUAGGGACUUCUGGUCCCCACAAGAAUAGUUAAACACGUCCACACACUGGACACACACACACACGGAGACACACACACACACACACACACGGAGACACACACACACACACAGGACCCACACACACGCAGACACACACACACUGGACACUCACAGACACACAUUGGACACAGAAACACACACACACACACACACACACACACACACACUGGACACACACACACGGAGAGACACACACACACACACGGAGACACACACACACACACACACACACACGGAGACACACACACACACACACACACAAACACACACACACACACACUGGACACACACACACGGAGACCCACACACACACACACAGGACCCACACACACGCAGACACACACACACUGGACACUCACAAACACACAUUGGACACACAAACACACACACACACACACGGAGACACACACGGAGAGACACACACACACACACAGGACCCACACACACGCAGACACACACACACUGGACACUCACAGACACACAUUGGACACACAAACACACACACACACACACUGGACACACACACACGGACACACACACACACACACCGGACCUACACACACUUAGACAUACACACAUUGGACACUCACAAACACACAUUGGACACUCAAACACACACACACACACAUACACACUGGACACACACACACGGAGACACACACACACACACACACAGGACCCACACACACGCAGACACACAUGCACACAGACACACAAUGGACACACACACACACACACGGAGCACACACACACACACUGACACGCAGGACACACACACACGUUGGACACACACACACACUGACACACAGGACACACAGUGUGUAUGUGAAUGCGUGUCAGUGUGUGUGUGUGUGAACGUGUGUGUGUCUAGUGUGUGUGUCCAUUGUUUUGACACACACACACACAGGACACACACACACCAGUUUAUUCCUGUAAAUACACAAUAUAAAGGCAACAUGUAAAGUGUUGGUCCCAUGUUUCAUGAGCUGAAAUAUAAUGGUAGUAACACUCUGAAGUCAUUCCAUCCUUUCACUAAAUGGUAGUAACACUAAGUCAUUCCAUCCUUUCACUAAAUGGUAGUAACACUAAGUCAUUCCAUCCUUUCACUAAAUGGUAGUAACACUAAGUAAUUCCAUCCUUUCACUAAAUGGUAGUAACACUAAGUAAUUCCAUCCUUUCACUAAAUGGUAGUAACACUCUGAAGUCAUUCCAUCCUUUCACUAAAUGGUAGUAACACUAAGUCAUUCCAUCCUUUCACUAAAUGGUAGUAACACUAAGUCAUUCCAUCCUUUCACUAAAUGGUAGUAACACUAAGUAAUUCCAUCCUUUCACUAAAUGGUAGUAACACUAAGUAAUUCCAUCCUUUCACUAAAUGGUAGUAACACUCUGAAGUCAUUCCAUCCUUUCACUAAAUGGUAGUAACACUAAGUCAUUCCAUCCUUUCACUAAAUGGUAGUAACACUAAGUCAUUCCAUCCUUUCACUAAAUGGUAGUAACACUAAGUAAUUCCAUCCUUUCACUAAAUGGUAGUAACACUAAGUCAUUCCAUCCUUUCACUAAAGCUCUAGAGUAACUUUCUAUUGACAGAUGCCUCAUUUAAAUGUUCUGGGUGUUGAUGAAAGGAAAUCCCAUAUAGCCUACUGGCCAGGACUUUGUUAUGACAUCUUCUGAUUGGGUGUCUCAGGUCAGGACUUUGUUAUGGCAUCUUCUGAUUGGAAGUCUCAGGUCAGGACUUUGUUAUGGCAUCUUCUGAUUGGGUGUCUCAGGUCAGGACAUCUUCUGAUUGGGUGUCUCAGGUCAGGACUUUGAUAUGGCAUCUUCUGAUUGGGUGUCUCAGGUCAGGACUUUGAUAUGGCAUCUUCUGAUUGGGUGUCUCAGGUCAGGACUUUGUUAUGGCAUCUUCUGAUUGGAAGUCUCAGGUCAGGACUUUGAUAUGGCAUCUUCUGAUUGGGUGUCUCAAGUCAGGACUUUGUUAUGGCAUCUUCUGAUUGGGUGUCUCAGGUCAGGACAUCUUCUGUUUGGGUGUCUCAGGUCAGGACUUUGUUAUGACAUCUUCUGAUUGGGUGUCUCAGGUCAGGACAUCUUCUGAUUGGGUGUCUCAGGUCAGGACUUUGUUAUGACAUCUUCUGAUUGGGUGUCUCAGGUCAGGACAUCUUCUGAUUGGGUGUCUCAGGUCAGGACUUUGUUAUGGCAUCUUCUGAUUGGGUGUCUCAGGUCAGGACUUUGUUAUGACAUCUUCUGAUUGGGUGUCUCAGGUCAGGACUUUGAUAUGUCAUCUUCUGAUUGGGUGUCUCAGGUCAGGACUUUGAUAUGGCAUCUUCUGAUUGGGUGUCUCAGGUCAGGACUUUGUUAUGACAUCUUCUGAUUGGGUGUCUCAGGUCAGGACAUCUUCUGAUUGGGUGUCUCAGGUCAGGACUUUGUUUUGGCAUCUUCUGAUUGGAUGUCUCAGGUCAGGUCUGAGCCAUGAUCAGAAUGUGUCUCUGUCUAUUUCCAGCCCUGACAUUUCUACCUGUCUUGAUCUAGUGUUUGACCCCUGACCUCCUCACAGUGUCUCACUUUCCAUGUCUGCUUUUAGUUCCCACCUCUACUUCACUGUGUUAUAAUGGACCUUCUGCUUGUUAUGGCACCUCUGUAACCAGCUAUCAAACAUACUGACCUCUGACCCCGUCCCAUGGCCCUACUUCACUGUGUUAUAAUGGACCUUAUGCUUGUUAUGGCACCUCUGUAACCAGCUAUCAAACAUACUGACCUUUCUGACCCCGUCCCAUGGUCCUACUUCACUGUGUUAUAAUGGACCUUAUGCUUGUUAUGUCACCUCUGUAACCAGGUAUCAAACAUACUGACCUUUCUGACCCCGUCCCAUGGCCCUACUUCACUGUGUUAUAAUGUACCUUCUGCUUGUUAUGUCACCUCUGUAACCAGCUAUCAAACAUACUGACCUUUCUGACCCCGUCCCAUGGCCCUACUUCACUGUGUUAUAAUGGACCUUAUGCUUGUUAUGUCACCUCUGUAACCAGGUAUCAAACAUACUGACCUUUCUGACCCUGUCCCAUGGCCCUACUUUCUAGAACUAAACAUUUUAAGUCCUCUGAGUUUUGCUUACUGUCCACUUACUUAUUU